AUGGCUUCUACCCGUAACCGCUCGGGUUCUUGUACAAAGCCAAGCUCCAGUCUGGCAGGGCCCGCAAUCAGUGUUCAUUCUGUUGAUGGUCAAAUACAAGACUCGGAGAAAGCGAAUCAACUCCCUGUGCCACCACCUGACCAGCAUGGAGACCACAGUGCUGUGAAAGAGGAAGAAGGGGUGACAGAGGAUACCAAAGAUGUGGGAUGGUAUGCAAGUGCCUUCUUCCUGACCUUUGCUUCGUUCCAGUCCACUUGGGGCAAGGGGUAUAAAUACUUCCCUCUUAAAAACAACUUCUUGGGCGCGACCUCUAUCUUCGAGAUCGGCUCUUUGAUCUGUGCCGUGGCCAAGAACAGUACCACGCUCAUCAUCGGCAGAGCUGUGGCGGGAAUGGGAGCAGCAGGCAUUGCGAGUGGUGCCUACACAAUCAUUGCCUUUUCGGCCCCUCCAAGGCAGCGCCCGGCGUUUACUGGCUUAUUGGGGGCCACGUACGGGUUGGCCAGUGUCAUAGGGCCCCUUUUAGGAGGUGUGUUCACAGACAAGUUUCUACAUCAACCUUCCUAUCGGAGGCUUGAGUGCCGUGGUUAUUCUCUUCUUCUUCAGGGCACCGCCAGCUGGCGAGAGAAGUUCCUGCAAAUGGACCUCCUAGGCACGUUCACCAUCAUGGCUGGCGUUGUCUGUUACCUCCUUGCUCUGCAAUGGGGUGGUGUGACCAAGGCAUGGUCAAGUGCCGAUGUGAUCGGCACGAUCGUGGGCUUUAUGCUCAUCAUUGUGCUCUUUGUUGGCAUCGAAUGCUGGAUGGGCGAGCGUGCUCUUCUACAACCUCGUCUGCUCAAACAGCGCAACAUCUGGGUCAAUAGCCUUUAUGUGUUCUUCCUCGCCGGGGCGAUGUUUAUCCUCAUCUACUAUCUGCCCAUCUACUUCCAAUCCAUCAAGAGCGCAUCCGCAGCUCAGUCUGGUAUACGCAAUCUGCCGCUCAUCCUGGCCAUUAGUCUUCUGACUAUCUUCUCGGGCGGUCUGGUCACAGCCACAGGACACUUUGGAUCCCUGAUGGUCAUCGGAUCGACCUUGGCCACCAUUGGUUCCGGCCUGAUCUAUACCUUGGACAUCGACACAGGCAGCGGAAAAUGGAUCGGAUAUCAGAUCGUCGCCGGCGUGGGACUUGGUCUAGCACUCCAGAUCCCUGUCAUCAUCUCCGCAGUCACGUUGUUCAUGCAAACUCUUGGCGGGUCGAUCUGCGUGUUCGCAGCACAGGCUGCAUUUGUCAAUCGGUUGGUGACGAAGCUCUCAGUGCUGGCCCCCAAUGUGGAUGCCAAGCUUGUCGUUGCUACAGGCGCAUCAGAGCUGCGCCAAACAUUCAAUGAUGAGGAAAUCGGUGGGAUUCUGGAGGCGUACAUGGAUGGCUUGAAGCUUUCCUUCCUUUUGUGCAUUGUCCUCGCUGGAGUUACCCUGGUUAUCUCAGUGUUGCCUAAGUGGGUGAACUUGAAAGGAAAGAGACAAGGGAGCGGUGCAGCAUGA